AUGGCAACAAUUAAAACAUCAUUUGCAAGAACUAGACAAAGAUUAAUGACCAAGACAGGUCAGAGUGAAGAGACUGUCGACGUAGAAUACCAUUACGAAAAGGAAAAGGUGUUUUCUUCGGAGGAGCGUAUGGUUCGUCUUCAAAAGAAUGCUAAAAAGAUGAUAGAUCUCUACAAAGAUUUGAGCAAGGCAAUGUCAGAGUUGUCAUCGGAUGCAUGCGACCUCUACGAAGAGUCAGACCCACUCUAUCGUCCAGCUAGCAGAAUCAAAGAAAUGUCAUCCGACAUGGAAAAGAACAGACAAGUCUAUGAAGAAAACAUGACAACAUCGUUCCAACAACCAAUCCUAGCAUACAUUUCACAAUACAAAGAGAUUCGAAAGAGAACUGAAGAAUGCACUACUCGUCGUAUCGAUAUGGACAGAUACAAAAAUGAUAUUGGCAAGUUACGUGAAAAAUCGUCUAGCCAUGUUCUCAAACAAAAGCUUGCUCCUACUGAAGAAAAAUAUCAAUUCUGUAAGGAAGGUUAUGAAUCUUUGCAUAUGGAAUUAUUAGAAGAUUUACCAAGAUUAUAUGAAGAUAGAAAUGCUUAUUUCACUUAUUUGUUGGCUGCUUUGGUCAAAGGACAAAAUCAAUUUUAUGAAUCAAUGGCAAAUGAAUGGCAUAAUAUGCCACAAAUGGUGGCAGGUAUCAAUGAUCAAGCAGGUAAAGAUCAUCCACAAGUUAUUACAUCGGUUGGAACAUCAUCUGCGUCGAUAAACAUUAGAAACGAUCCAGCAUUCAAGGCAAAUGCAUCGAUCAAGACUAAACAGACAUCAGAGUUUCAAACUACUGCCGGUCCACUGGCAAAGGAUCUCAAGAGCAAUACACCAAACGACACUUCCAACUUGGGUACUGUCGUACAACCUAAUCCAGCCUUCCAACACACUGGCAAACAAGGUAGCGGUGCUCAACUCGCAACUGCUCUCUAUGAUUUUGCUGGUAUGGAUUCAACGGAACUUUCAUUCAAAGCUGGUGAUCGUAUCAUUAUCCAUAAAAAGGAUGGUGAAUGGAUGGAAGGUGAAUUACAUGGUAUGAGAGGUUUGGUCCCAGCUAAUUAUGUUCAACUAUAA